GCACACCAAUCGUUGAUACGUGUCUCUUGUCGGACAAAACGCCAGAAAGAAUACCUCUCGCUGGGCUCGGCUCGAAUUUCGGUCUCUAGGUCAUCUCGAUUCAAACCAUAACCAACGGGAUACCAUCCCUUUCUCUCCGUCACCCCAAAUCCAAACCCAGAUUUCACACCCGCUCCGCACCGCGCCGCGCAAACCACAUCCACACAGCACAGAGAUGACGGUCGCCUCUCCCAGCGGCCGCCAGGACCGCAACGAUCGGCCGGUCCGGUCCUUUGCUUCCUACACCCCGAGGUGGCAGCGCUUCCAGACCCAGGCGGGAUCCACGGCGGGCAAGAACCCAACCGGCAAGGAGAACGCGCCGACCGGCGGGAGCAACAAAAGCAGCAGUAGCAGCAGCACCGUCCGGUCCUCCGAGCAAAAGGUCGUUCCGUACCAGCGCCAGUAUUCCCACGUCUACGCCCACCGCCUGGCGGCCCUGAAGGACCGGUGCUGGAGGGCACUCAACCGUCUCCCGGAAGGAGGCAGCGGUGGAGUCAAGAGCGUCGAUCGGAUCAUCGAGCUCAAGGAAGACCAGCUCAGCGCGGUGGUGGGAACGAUCGUCGUCGAGAGCGCCAGCGGGGCCGACGGCGAGGAACACGUCUAUUACAACGACAACGACGGCGACGACGAGGACCGGCGGCUCCACCCCGAUGCGAUCUGCCGCUCGGGCGACCAGCUGUUCCUGGAAGACGAAUCGGGCCGGGUGGCCAUCCGCUUCGUGGACGACCACCGCAGCCCGACCAACGCAAAACCCCGAAAGAGCAGGACCCGCCACGGGUACCAGUACUGCACCGGGGUCGUCGUGGGGGUCCGGGGCACCGUCGACGACCGCGGGAUGAUGCACGUCCGGGACGUUGCCGACCCCGCCCUGGAUCCCCCCGAAAGGGUCGGACCCGGCAGCGGCGGCUCCCCCCGCCUGCUGCUGGUCUCCUCCCUCCUCUGCGGGGACCCCGGCGUGAGCUCCAUGCCCCGCGACCUGCUGGUCUCCUACCUCCAGGGCCACCUUUGCGACCCCGACGCGGAGACCGUGGCCCGGGUCGUUCUGGCCGGCUCGGGGCCGGGGGCGGCCGAUCCGGCCGCCGGCCUCCGGGAGCUCGACCUGUGGGGCCUCCAGGUGACGCGGACCGCGGGGGUCCCCCUGGACAUCCUGCCGUCGGCGACCGAUCCCACCACGCGGAACUGGCCCCAGCGGCCCCUCCACUCCAGCCUGCUGCCCCACACGCUGCGGGUGGACCACGGAAAAGGGGCCGAUCCCAUGGCACGGACGACACCGAACCCCUACGAGGCCUCGAUCGGGAACCGGCUCGUGCUGGGGACCGACGGCCUGAACGUCCGGGACCUGCAGAAGCACGUCCUCUCGCCACCGGUCGGGAACACCGGUGGCGGAAACGGAACCGUUGACCCGCCAGAGGCAGAGCCGGCCCGGGGACCGGAGCCCCUUACCGAGCUGGAGGCGCUCGAGCGGACCCUCCGGUGGGGGCACGUCUGUCCCUCGGCUCCGAGCAGCGCGGCCAUCGGGAUGGUCCCCUCGGGGGAUCCGAUGGCCAUGGGCCGAAAGUCCAAGACCCCGAGCCUCUACUUUUGCGGGAACUGCGAGGAGGGCUUUGCCACCAAGCUGAUGAAACACGACGAGGACGGCGGCGGCGAAGCCACGACGCGGCUGGUCUGCGUCCCCAAGUUUAGCGAAACGGGGGAGGCCGUCCUGGUCGAUCUGAACACGCUCGAGGUGGAGCUCCUGCGGUUCAAGGCGGACACCUGACGAGAGAGAUCGAAAGGGCAAGAUUCCGGCUCGGAAUCGGCAAGCGACAACGGAAUGCCAACGGCGAUUGGGACACAGUGGUCACAAAAUCAUUUCGACUUUCAUAGUUUUCAGAAUCAAACAACUGGUAGUACGUAUCUUGCCUAGCGUAGUUUCGAUCGUGAGGGGAGGGUUUAGGGAAUCUUGCCAAGGAACAAAAACAAGAUAACCAU